ACGUGACGUGGGGAGGCGGGGAGGCGGGAAGCUCGAGUCGGAGCCCGCGCUCGAGCGGCGGUGGCGGCAGCAGCGUCCCGCCCCGGCUGCCGAGAUAUGUCACAUGGUGCAGGAGAGAGAUCUGUGAAGGUGGUUGCAGGGGGGGAUGGAUCGACACGAUGAGCUAAAACUUCUGCUGAAGAAGUGGGAAACUUUGUUCUUUGAGGAACAUAAGCGCAAGCCAAAUAAGGUGGAUGUGGCCAGUGCUUCGGAGGAGACACAAAAACUAUAUAGAGAGUACAGGGCUAUAAAGAAAAGUAGAGAAAGCCUUGCUGCAGAAGAAGAUCGAAGUCCACAUUUGGAAUCUGUGAGUAAGUGCUCACAGGGCAGUAACCAAGAUGAGAAGAAGGAAAAGACUUGUGAAUCUGAUGUUUGGGGAUCACAUCUAAAUCGUCGGAACAGUCUUGUUCAGGAGCUUACAUUACAGGAACACAGAACCAUCACCACAUCAGCCCAGUAUUAUGGAAUGAAACUGAAGGAGAAACUUGGAACAGCAGGAAAAGAGAGGCCGGUCUCCCUACGCAAGUCAAUAACUCCAAGAAGAGCACGGGUGCCCAGAGAGAUUAAGGACAAUGAAGUUAACCAGGUUGUUGGAACAGAACCUGCCACCCCUCAAGCUUCACCAAGUCUGCAGACUGCGACCAAAGAGUCUCUUGAUGGGCCUGAACAGCUGGAAUUACUACACUCAACCGUGAAGGGUAUUACUCCUUCAAAAAUUCUCUUAACCCAGGCUCAAUCCCGACCUGUAAAUAAAUUACAACAACUGCAACAGAACGUAUCGAGAAGAAUGUCUUCACUUGACCUUGGCUGGUUAGACAGGUGCCAGGAGAGAACACAACUGGGUGCAGCGUUGCCCAUUUUGAGCAGCUGUUCGUUACGAGCCAGUGGGACAAAUGUUGGGGCGGGUGAUCCUGAUUUGGAUCAUAGGAAGCCAUCAGCCAAAGGCAAGUCACUGUCUUUAAGUGACUCCACACCAGAAGCCAAUGACAAACCUUUGUGCUUAAGUGACAGUACUCAUUUGGCCAGUGGAAUGGAUCAAAAUGACAAAUUUCCUACAAUCAAUAGAAAAUCGUGUCCACUGAGCUGCAUUUCAACAUUAGCUGAUGGUGCCUCAGCAUUACUGGACAAUGUUCCUUUCAAAGAUGCCUGUGAAUCUGAUCCUUGUGUAACUGGUCGUGGAAAGCUUGCAGAAUCAGAGAAUGACUAUUUAAUGGAUGCUGCUUCUCGCCAAAUAAAGCCCACUAAAGUAAAAAUCCAAAACACAAUGGAAAAUAUACCGGAGUGCCAAUUAAACCACGAUUCAGUAACCAUGGGGCAGAGAACUUCCUGUGCCCGGGAUUGUUCCCAAGAGAUCAAUGACAUAGUGAAACCUGACUCGGGCACCGAGUUAAAUACUGGCCAUGAGAAAGAAUUGAGCAAUGUUAAAACAAGGAGCAGAAAGAGAUGGAGAGCAGACACAAAGCAGAGUGCUGAAGCUUGUGGAGGUGAGAUCAAGAAACGUAGAAAAACAACCAAACCUUCAGACACUUGCCCAGCUCAGAAAACAGAGAAGAGGCAAGUACUCAAAGCUGGUUCCAAACUUGAGGUGGAUGAAAGCUCUCCCACUGAGGAUGAUGGCGGGAAUAAACCAAAAUCUGAGACUCCACAAGAGAAUCUGUACGGAGAUGUGGAAGAGGGGAGCCUCCAUUCAGAAUCAAGAAGGUGCACUGCAGCAAGGGGUGCACCUCCUAAAAAGGAUGGAAACUUUGUGAGGAUCAACCUAAAGAAGAAAUCACAUGUCAGGGGUGGUGUGUUAAGAGGAGCCUAUCUUCGCAAACAGGCCUGGAAGCAGAAAUUUCAGAUGAAAGGGGAACGUUUUGGUGGUGGUGGACGAUUUAAUCGGAAUGGAGACACGUGUUUCCGCUGUGGAGCAACAGGUCAUUGGGCAAAGGACUGCAGGGCUCAGGGGCGGAAUACCGGGUUUAAAGCAGUAUCCGAGGAGAAGGUGGAGACUUCCGAGGAGAAGGUGGAUGAUGACGGUUCUCCACUGCCAACUCUGGAGGAGGUGGCUCGUAUGACAUCCACAGCUAAUGGUAUCUCUGCUCCUGAGGAGCUCGAACUGAUGCCUGACGCUGAGGUGCUGCUGAACACUGUUCGUCCUUCGUUUGAGCAGUCAGAAGCUCCACCAGCGGUGGAACCUUUAUACAAGCUUGGAGAGGAUAGAAAUGUUAUAGCUACUCCACCAGAAGUGCAUGAUGCCCUUUUGGAGCUGGGGUACCAGUCUUUCAGACCAGGCCAGGAAUUGACUGUUAUGAGAAUUCUAUCAGGUCUUUCCACUUUGGUUGUGCUUUCCACUGGAAUGGGGAAAUCGUUUUGCUACCAGCUACCUGCAUACCUGUAUGCCAAGAGGUCAAAGUGCAUCACCUUGGUGAUUUCACCUCUCGUCUCGCUUAUGGAUGACCAGGUGUCCGGGCUCCCUUCCAAAUUAAAGGCUGUUUGCAUCCACUCCAAUAUGACGAGAACACAGAGAGAUGCAGCUGUGGAAAAGGUGAAAGAGGGGAAGGUCCAUGUUCUGCUGCUAUCCCCUGAAGCGCUCGUUGGAGGUGGCCAGGCUGGAUCGAGCUGCCUUCCACCUGCACGCGACCUUCCCCCAGUGGCUUUUGCUUGUAUUGACGAGGCGCACUGUGUCUCUGAGUGGUCACAUAACUUCAGACCAUGCUACCUGCGUCUGUGUAAGGUGCUGAAGGAACGUCUAGGGGUGAAGUGCCUGCUGGGAUUGACGGCGACGGCCACACAAGCAACAGCCCAGAACGUCGCUCAUCACCUCGGGAUCCAAGAGGUAGAAGGGAUAGCUGUACGGUCUGCUGAUGUGCCAGCCAAUCUUUUCCUCAGUGUGUCCACGGACCGAGACAGAGACCAGGCCCUGGUGGCUUUGAUCCGAGGCGAACGGUUUGCCUCCUUGGACUCCAUUAUUGUCUACUGCACUCGGCGGGAGGAGACAACUCGCAUUGCAGCUUUGCUUCGGACAUGUCUGCAGGGAGUAACGCUAAAGGAGCCAUCGUUUGAACUGAGCAAUGAGGGGGAGAUGCCCGAAGAAAUCAUAGCAAAAAGGAAAAAGGCCAUGGCCAGGAAGAAGGUGAGGCAGCCUUUAAAGUGGAUCGCUGAUUGUUAUCACGCUGGAAUGUCUGCAAGUGAGCGAAGGAGAAUCCAGAACAACUUCAUGAGCGGGCAGCUGCGUAUUGUCGUGGCAACAGUGGCGUUUGGCAUGGGGUUGGACAAGUCUGAUGUCCGAGGGAUCAUUCACUACAACAUGCCAAAGGGUUUUGAGAGCUACGUGCAGGAGAUUGGCCGCGCUGGGAGAGAUGGAAAGCUAGCCCAUUGCCACCUCUUCCUUGACCCAGAGGGUGGGGAUAUGAACGAACUACGACGGCACAUCUAUGCUGACACCGUGGAUUACUACACGAUCAAAAAACUGGUCCAGAAAGUACUCCCUUCCUGCAAGUGUCGUGAAAUCUAUCAGAAACAGCAGGACAUCAUCAGUAGUGGGGAAAUUGCAGACGAUGAGAUGAUGGAAAUACCUGACCCAUCUGAAGACGUGUCCACUGAGGAAGUUCGGCCCCUCAAAGAAUCCGACAGGACUCCUCCAAGGAUCUGCCCUGGGCACGAGAGAGCAUUGCCGAUACAGAAAACCGUGGAAAUGUUGGAUAUCCGUGAGGAAGGAAUUGAGACUCUGCUGUGCUACUUGGAGCUCCAUCCCCAACACUGGCUGGAAUUGAUCUACCCAACUUAUUCAACCUGCCGCCUCACCUGCUACAACGGACCCUCGCAGCUCAGAGCCAUGGCAAGAAGGUGCCCUGCUGUGGCAGUGGCCCUCGCCAAGGAGCGUUUGUCGGGCGUCGAUCAUACCCACUCCAGUUCAAUCGAGUUCGAUGUGGUGGAACUGGCGGAUUCAAUGGGAUGGGAGCUGCUCCCAGUCAAACGAGAACUAAGGCAACUGCAGUGGAUGACGACUCAGUGCAAGCGAGGAAUUCCGGGCACAGGGAAGAGCGGAGUCCUGGUGGAGUUCAGCGACCUCUCCUUCCACUUCCGAUCGUACGGAGAUCUUGACCACCAUGAACUAGACGGGAUCUGUGAAUUUCUGCACCAUCGGGUUCUGUCCCACGAGAAGUCUGCACUGCUCCGCCUCAAGUCUUCCUUCAAGUCAUUUCACAGUGUGGCCUUUAAAAACUGCAGUAUCUGUGCAGAUGCUGUUGACAUGGAGAAAAGCUCACAGCUAAAGCAGCUGCUGAAGGACUAUUUUGACCAGAACAACAACCAGGAUCAACUGGCGAGCUACCCAGAGCAAGAAGACGAGCUGGACAGAGUGAAGUUCAACGACUGGGAGAAUCAGCUGCGAGCUGACAUCCGCCUGUUGUUGUCUCUUCGCCUUGACGAGAAGUUCUCGGGCAGAGCCAUUGCAAGGAUACUUCACGGGAUUGAGAGUCCCUGCUACCCAGCCAAGGUUUAUGGACGGGAUCGAAGAUUCUGGCGAAAGUAUCUCAAGUUUGACUUCAACAAAAUAAUCCAGAUUGCGACAGAGGAAAUAAUAGCAAUGAAGUGUUGAGGGAUUCUCAUUGUGGAAGGACGCCACAUCUUCCGCGGCAGCAGCAGCGGUUUCGAAAUGUUCCGCACAUUCGGUGGCCCCGAAGUGAGGGAUUUGGCAGCUGCGGUGGUUCAGGUGAUUUUUAGAAAGGUAGCCGUUUCCUCAGCUGUACCUGGCAGCAGCUGAGGGUGUGUGACAAUGGCUCCCGUUCUCUACUUUCCAUCCAGCCCAAAGAAAGGCAGAGGACUAAAAUGUGUGUUGUAACAGUGUCAUUGGUGAGACUCGACACCACUAUGUGCUGGGCAGAAACCAUCAAACAGAGAGAAAAACAUGAUGAAGGAUAAAUUAAUUCAGCCGAGGCAGAUCCUGUCUAGAGUAAAGAUUCUUCUAUCUCUAGACUUGUAGAAAGACCUGCUGUCUGUUUCUAUCCCUUUCUCCUUAAUUAUUUCUAAUAAUCUUUUCCUCUGAGCACAGUGAUGUGUUUGAAAGAAAAGACAGUUUUUGAAAGCCUUGUGAUCGUUUUCAACCUUGGUUAUUAAUUCAGUUGCCUCUUCCACUGUGGUCACAGACCACGUGCCUCAAUGUGAACAGAGCAGAAGACAGCUCGUGUGUUUACACUGGGCAGGUGGACUAUCUGGUCUUUUCAAACUUAUCACAAAACACUCUUUUUGAAGUACAGAGCUUCCAAUGCCAGUGGUAAGAUCUAACUCCCAAAAGAAACUUUUUAAUUUUUUAUAGCUUAUUUUAUGAUAAAUAAAUUUUGCUAUAUU